UAGAUUAUAUAUAAGAGUGAAACAUUAAAACCCACAAUAUCCUAGAGCUCAAGACGUCAUCUUCAAAUAACUUUUUUUGUCCUACCAACAGUCCAACACCCAAGAAUAUUAAAUUUACUAUCACAUAAAACAAAAGGAAGUAGGGAAUAUUCACAUGAUUUGCUGAUAAACCUUACGUCUUAAUUCAUUAAUCGACUAAUCGUUUCAGCUCUAAUAACAAAUUGUUAAAAUGUAUGUUCAGUUCUGCAGUGUUCCGUGUGGAGCAAUGGUGGCUACUUCAUCCUCCAGUCAUCAUACACUAGACAAUAGAAAGAUGUAAUGGCGCCAUCUACCGGCCAGUGUUAACAACGCCACUUGCAGUUCUCACUGCUUGUGACACAUUGAAUCGUCACACAUACGUUUUACUGUCUCACACAAAGCAGCUGUCAAGUCGUUUUACCUGACAAUAAUAAAUCAACUCCCAGACAGUAUUUUAACAUAGUAGUUUGCUUGAUACAUCAACUAAACAAAUUUUAAAAUGUAUUUAAGAUCUGAAAUGCAGCCUUUAGAACCGCCUGGUAGUCUUCUAAGAUGACUAAUAGUGCUUUUAAUUAAUGUCUUCCUGUGUGUAUUAAAGUAUUGUGCAGUCAACUGGCAUGUCACUGGUAUGGUAUAGUGUGCGCGCGUGUGUAUGUGCGCGCGCACGUGUGCGGUCCGUUAUUUUCCGGGUUGUGCUCAUCGCUAGCUGUAGUUGCUCUGCUUCAGCCGCCAGCUGACACUUGUACAGAGGAGGUGAGGUCAAAUUAGACUGUCUCUCUCUCUCUCCCUCUCUCUCUCUCUCUGUCUGUCUGUUAGAGAGGCUGCUAACUAGCGCAGAAUCAUCAUCAUCAUGGCGGAUCAAGGCGAAUCUCCGGCUCCAGUCCACCACCCGCAACCAGCGCUGACAACCAGCUGGCCAAUUACUAGGGAGUCGUACGAGCUGCAGGAAGUCAUAGGCAGCGGGGCCACAGCUGUGGUACAGGCAGCCCUCUGUACCCCCAGACAGGAGCGCGUCGCCAUAAAGAGAAUAAACCUGGAAAAAUGCCAGACCAGCAUGGAUGAGCUAUUGAAAGAAAUCCAAGCAAUGAGCCAGUGCAACCAUCCCAAUGUUGUCACUUACUACACCUCCUUUGUAGUAAAGGAUGAACUUUGGUUAGUCAUGAAGCUUCUGAGUGGAGGCUCUAUGCUGGAUAUAAUUAAGCACACAAGCAAAGAUGAGGACAGAAAUCGAGCGCUAGAUGAGCCCAUUAUUGCUACUAUAUUAAAAGAAGUCCUAGAGGGCCUGGACUAUCUGCACAGAAAUGGACAGAUUCACCGGGAUGUGAAAGCUGGGAACAUACUACUGGGAGAAGAUGGAUCUGUUCAGAUUGCAGAUUUUGGAGUAAGUGCCUUCCUAGCCACAGGGGGGGAUAUGACUAGAAACAAAGUACGAAAGACCUUUGUUGGCACGCCAUGCUGGAUGGCGCCGGAGGUGAUGGAACAGGUUCGAGGCUAUGAUUUCAAAGCAGAUAUAUGGAGUUUUGGAAUUACAGCCAUAGAGUUAGCAACAGGCUCUGCACCCUAUCAUCGCUACCCUCCCAUGAAGGUUUUAAUGCUUACCCUACAGAAUGAUCCACCCACUCUAGAGACUGGCGUAGAGGACAAAGAAGCACUCAAAAAAUAUGGCAAAUCAUUUAGAAAGCUAAUAACUAUGUGCCUUCAGAAGGAUCCUGCCAAAAGGCCUACAGCCGCAGAGCUUUUGAAGUGUAAAUUCUUCCAAAAGGCCAAGAACAAAGAAUAUCUGGUUGAAAAGCUUUUGUAUCGUGCACCAAAGAUUUCCCAGAGAGCGAAGAAGGACCCCGAGCAGAACUGGGGGAGCCUUGGUUCUAUGUCAGGUUUGGAAAAAAAACCCAACACCACCAGAUGGGUGAGGAGAGUCCCAGGCUCCAGUGGCCACCUGCACAAGACAGAGGAUGGAGACUGGGAGUGGAGCGAUGACGAGCUUGAUGAGGGCAGUGAGGAAGGCAAGGCAGCAGUGAAUCAGGGCAGGUCACGAAGGGUCAAAGAUGAGGCCAAAGAUGUCGAACCCUUUGAGGACAGACCCUACAUUCAAGGUGCUGUGAACAUGGUACUACGGCUAAGGAACUCUAGAAAGGAGCUGAAUGACAUCCGGUUUGAAUUCACUCCUGGGCGAGACACCGCUGAUGGCGUUUCCCAGGAACUGUUCUCGGCCGGCCUGGUCAACGGGCAUGAUGUUGUUAUUGUUGCUGCUAACCUUCAGAAGAUUGUAGAUGACCCAACUACCUACAGAGUGUUGACCUUUAAGCUGGCUUCUGGCUGCGACGACACGGAGAUCCCGGACGAAGUGAAGCUGAUCGGCUUUGCACAGCUAAGUGUUAGCUGAUGCCCUCUUCAUGGCUGAAGCAGGUGAGACAGGGGAGACAGUUCAGGGCAGACAGACUGAGGAACACACCACCACUUCCUGCAACAUCUUCCCCAACACCCUCCCUGAAAACUCACUCCCUCACCUUCCUUUCACCUUCCCUGAGGCCAAGCACCGCCCCGCCUACACCUCCUUAGCGCCGACUUCUCUGCUCACUGUCCCCUGACCUUUAACCUUAACAACAUUCCACCGCCUAGCGCACAGAGCGGGAUCAGGAUACAGCCCAGGAACCUAAAGAUGUACUCAGGUGGUGACAUAAGGUGAUUAAGAUGUAGCUUUGAAUGUUUUAUUUAUUUUUUAUUUUACUCAUUUUGGUUUUUACAUCACUAUACCUUUGUGUUCGGCAAAGCUCUUAUUAUUUAUUGAAAUGAGAAGGUAUUUUUAUUUUGUUUCUCAUGCUGUUUUGUUGCCACAGUGAAAACAAAUUUGUUUUGUCUCGCAUCUCACAAACACACUCAUUUGUGAUGUUUCCCUGAGGUCUUCGACAGAAUGUAAGAUUUUGUUAAUUUAUGGGGAAAAGCACAUUUUCAUAAUAACAUAAUGAAUGUCUAAAAAGAGAAUGAAUUGUAUUUCUGUGUCAAAACCUGUUUUACAUUGACAAGAAGGGACCCAUUUGCUUGAGUGUGCAGAAAAACAAAAUGAGACCUGGAUGCUACUGUGUAUAAUUUGCUGCUCUCGACAGUGCUAAUGCUUCAAAAUGUUAGAGGUGCCUUGUUCAUUUUUCUGUGCCUAAGAACGUAGUCAAUGAGUGAGACCACACAAAGAGCAGAGCCCGCUGAUUCAUUUCACAAAUGUAUUAUUCCAGCAAUGACACAAGUCAAGUAUCUUAACUUAAUGAGACAAACUACAAUGCACUUUUGGGCUGAGUGUGUGCACCCGACAAGCAGAUACUUAGCCCCUGGAGACAAGUUAAUGUGUGCUUUUGUCAUUGGACAUAUAAAACAUAACAGAACCUGUAGUCAUGUAAUCUGCUCUGGCUGACGUGCAUUCAGAUGCCAGGUUAAUAGACAAAACCACAACAGUUUAAUUUUCUUGCUCUGUCCUGCUGCACUACAAAGCCUUUUGUUCCCAAAAAUAUAGUAGUUUCUUCUAGUACUGUAUGACAAUGCAUCUGAGGAUAAAACCAAAAGGCAACUAUUGAAAGGGUGACAAGCCAUUUGUUUGUCCAAACAAGUCCAGUAGCUCUAAAUUAUUUUUAAGUAUUGAGGUGGUAAAUAUUAACUUCUACUAAAUUCUUUAAUAUGAAGUAAUUUAUUGUGUUUUCUAUGUAUAGUAUGUGUACCAUUUCAGCAUAUUACCCCUGUUCCCUCUGUAAUCAGCUGAUGUCAAAUUUCUGACAAGGAGCAACAAUAAAGAAUUGCUAUUAUUUAAAAA